UAUGCAAUAAUAAUAGGUGGUUCUGAAUUUUGAAUAUCUAAAACCUGCUUAAUAUUUAGUUGAUGCAAUAGUGCAUGAUCGUAUGAAUACUGUUGAUUGAUUUAGAAUAGUACAUAAAGAGAAAAGAGAGAUCCAAAAGUUAGAGAAGAAUUUGGGAGAAUGUGCCUUAUGAUGCUUAUGAAAAAGAGAAGAUGGCAGAUUUCAUGAAAAUAGUAGCAAAGAAUAAAAUAUAAUUACCUGCAGAGUAAAAUAUUUUGAUAUAUUCACAAUAGUUGGUAGGACUGUGAUACUUUGAAAAUGGUUUAUUGUGGGAAAUUUAAAGAUAAGAAUUACUUAAAAGUCUUAUAAUCUCAUUUAGUUUGGAGAUCAGUGCCAAACAAUUUCUAACCAACUGAUAUCAAUAUUGCAUUUUUAUAAAAAGGAAUAGUAUAUACUUUUGGAAGAGAUAAAUAACAACGACCCAUUAUAAUAAUGAAUCUUGAAUUAGUCAAUUUAAAAUAAGUGAAUAAUAAAGAUAAUAUUUAGUUUAGUGAAGAGGUCUAUAUCAAUGCAUUAAGCUACUAUUUUGGUAUAAUAAAGAAAAAUUGUUUUAUUCCAGGAAAGAUAGAAAAUUGGGUUUUCAUAAUGGACACAAAAAAAUUAGGACUUUCUAAAUUUCCAUUUAAAGUUUUAAUAUUAAAUUCUAUAUGAUAGGCAAUUUAAAUUGCAACAAAAACAAUGCAAGUGAAUUUUUGUGGGUGUUUGGAUAAAUUAUAUUUAUUAAAUCCUUCAAGUUCUUUGAAUUUUUCAUGGAAGAUGGUUUCAGGUAUUUAAAUUAAAUUUAUACAAAAAGCUGUUGCUGAUGCUGAUACAAUGGAGAAAAUUCAAAUGUUGAAACCAAAUGAAUAUGCAAAAAUUUAAGAGCGUAUCCCUGCAAAUUAAUUAGAAGAAUAAUAUGGAGGAAAAGUAGCUAAUUUGACAAAAUUCUGGUAAUGAUCCUUAAUAGUAAGAUUAGGCCACCUAUUAAUAUAGAAAUUCCAGGGGGAUAUACUGAAGAAAUCUUGAAAGCAGUAGAAUCUAUGAAAACAGCAGAAAUAGUAAUUUAAAAAGAAGUACCUGCUUCAGAAGAAGAUGAAUUAAAAUUAUAAGAAUAGAUGGCUAAAAUGCAAAUUAAGAAAGAAGAUGAUGAUGAUGAUUGAU